AUGAAUCCGCAGGAGAUGGAACCUGGCCAGAAAGUGAUGGAGGAGACUGAUGUUCCUCCUCGUAGUCAACACAACAGCCACAAUAGCCGGUCCCGUAACCACAGCAACCAGGAAAAACGCUACAGACGCUGUGAGACUUCAGCUGGAGGAAGUGCGGGUGGCAGAACCAGGGUGCCACAGAUGCGCAAGCCACAGGAUGAGCAGGUGACAGAGCUUCAACAUGAAGCUCAGUCUUCUCAACCACAGCAAAUUCAGCCCAUUCCUCGACCUGCGGUGACACGUUAUCGCAGACAGGGGGACAGCGAGGCUCGCAUCAGAGCCCAGCAGCAGAGGCACAGACAGAGGCAGCAGAGAGAGGCAGAGAGAGCACAACACGAAAAGCAGCACCAUGCAGAGAUGACCCAGGACGAUGAACGAGAAAGAGACGAUUCAGUGCUGGCCCGCUCAGCAAGUACUGAGAGUGGUUUCCACACCCAUACUGACCGGGCAGAGGGAGACGACGGUCUGGUGAUGAUGUCUCUGGAGCCUGAGGGGCAGCCAGAGGUGGAAAAUGAGGCAGGCAGCUACAGCCUACAACUACAGCCUGAGGCCGAGGGGUACACUGAAAGUGAGACGGAACAGCAACAUCUCCAUUCAUGUUCUAACUAUCCUCAGCUCCCACCCCUUCCACGUGAACCCUUGCCUAAUAUCCAAAAUCUCCAUAGAGACGAUGAAGCAGAGGAGAUACUGAAUGCUGGAUACUCCAACUAUGUCUAUACCCAGCCCCUCAGCCACUCUGGGGAAAGGCCCAAUGCCUCAGCUGAUCAGAACUUGGAAAGUUUAGACGCCUAUUCUGAGCCAUAUGACAUUUAUUCACUCUCAGAGCAUGUUUACGAAGAAAUCUGUGAUGCUCCAACAAUAGUUUCAUCUGAUGCAGGUCGGACAAAUGAUACAGGGUCUCCCAAACAAGCAAGGGCUGGGUUUCAGCUGUUGCAGGGCCCAGUUGAAGGUAGAGAUUAUCAUCAGCAGGAAGCGGUGGGCUCCCGUCUGCACCACUAUGAUGAACGGUCAGAUGGUGAGUCGGACAGCCCGGAAAAGGAGGCUGAGUUUGCCCCGUAUCCACGCGCUGACAGCUGUGACCAAGAGGAGGAUAUUGACUGCAUCAUUACUGAGGUAAAAGAAAGCCUAAGCUCUCAAAGUCUCGAUCAUGCCGCAGAAGACACCAUAAAGGAGGAAAAGGAGCUACCGCAGCAAGAAGAAAAGCCCCAACCUCAGACCCAAACCACCACUGACAAAAUCCAUAAUGAUGCCAAUCAAGAGAAAAAAGAUGGACAGCAGGCUGUGAGUCCUUCAGAGGAGCCUGUAGCUGUGAGGAACAGUCAGGAGAAGAGGGAUGCUAUAUCUCUGGCCAUUAAAGACAUCAAGGAGGCCAUAGAGGAAGUAAAGACCAGAACAGUGAGAUCUCCUUAUACACCUGAUGAACCAAAGGAGCCCAUUUGGGUAAUGAGGCAGGACUUGAGCCCCACUGCUGAAUGUGACCUCCAACCAUCACUUGGAGGUGAUUCUCCUGGUUCAGGCUCACCCUCUCCUCCAGGAGCAGAGUCAUCCAGCAGACAUCUGCUUCAGGAUGACAGCUUUGAAGCAUCUCCUUCCAGUAAAGAGUCCAGGAGAAGCCUUGCAUCCUUUCCCACAUAUGUAGAAGUGCCUGGCCCCUGUGACCCAGAGGACCUGAUUGAUGGGAUAAUCUUUGCAGCCAACUACCUGGGCUCCACUCAACUGUUGUCGGACAAGACACCGUCCAAGAACAUCCGCAUGAUGCAAGCACAGGAGGCUGUCAGCCGCAUCAAGACGGCCCAGAAAUUAGCCCAGAACAGGACGAAGGCCUCUGAGGGUGAGCCUCAGCCCAUGACAGAGGUGGAUCUGUUCAUCUCUACCCAGAGAAUCAAAGUGCUCAACGCUGACUCCCAGGAAACCAUGAUGGACCACCCUUUGCAGACCAUCUCCUACAUUGCUGACAUAGGUAACAUUGUGGUUCUGAUGGCCCGGCGCAGGAUGCCUCGACCUGACUCUCAGGAGAAUGUGGAGGCUUCAGACCCAGGUCAAGACAGCAAGCGCCAGUACAAGAUGAUAUGCCAUGUGUUUGAAUCUGAGGAUGCCCAGUUGAUUGCCCAAUCCAUCGGGCAGGCCUUCAGUGUGGCUUACCAGGAAUUUUUACGAGCCAAUGGCAUUAACCCUGAGGACCUAAGCCAGAAGGAAUACAGUGACCUGCUGAACACUCAGGACAUGUACAACGAUGACCUCAUCCACUUCUCCAAGUCUGAGAACUGCAAAGAUGUGUUUAUAGAGAAAGCUAAAGGGGAGAUUCUGGGUGUGGUUAUUGUGGAGAGUGGAUGGGGCUCCAUCCUACCCACUGUCAUCAUUGCCAACAUGAUGCAUGCUGGCCCCGCUGAGAGGUCUGGCAGACUGAACAUAGGAGACCAGAUCAUGUCAAUCAAUGGAACCAGUCUGGUGGGACUGCCGCUGUCCACCUGCCAGAGUAUCAUAAAGGGUCUGAAAAACCAAUCCCGGAUCAAGCUGAACAUUGUGAGAUGUCCCCCUGUGACAACUGUGCUCAUCAGACGACCAGACCUCCGCUACCAGCUGGGCUUCAGUGUCCAGAAUGGCAUAAUCUGUAGCCUUAUGCGCGGUGGCAUUGCUGAACGGGGUGGGGUCAGAGUGGGGCAUCGCAUCAUCGAGAUCAACAGCCAGAGUGUGGUAGCCACGCCUCAUGAAAAAAUUGUCCAUAUCCUGUCCAAUGCUGUGGGAGAGAUUCAUAUGAAGACUAUGCCUGCAGCCAUGUACCGCCUGCUGACCGCCCAGGAGCAGCCAAUUUACAUUUAA